CACCAGCAGCGUCGCCAUCGAGCUCGAUCCACCCUCCCUCCCUCCCCACCGGCGACCGAUCAAGCCCUCCCCAAGCCCAGAUGGCGGAGACCGCCGCCCGGACUCCGCCUCCUGCUCCGCCGCCGGCGACUCGUACGAAGCUGUCGGGCGGGCUCGAGCCGCUGGACGCGCGCAUCAAGGAGCUGACCUCGUCGCAGGGAGAGCUGCUGGCCAGGAUCCAGAAGCUCAAACAGGAGGUGCAGAAGUGGCGCUCCAAUGUCGAGGCGCAGGUCAAGACCUGCCACAACGAGCUUGUGGAGGUGAAGGAGGGACUUGCUUCUGAAGUGCAGCACCUGAGAUCCGACAUCAAAGAGAUCAGGUCUGCCCUCCAGGAAGAGAAGGCGGGCUCGAAAACGGAGCAAACAGGGCAGACACAAGAAGACCAAGUACUCAAGACUGAUGAUGAAAAGACGGAACAACAAACUGCGGUGAAAGCAUGAAAAAUUUGCGAUCCCUGAUUCAAACAGAACUUGUGCAGGUGGAUGCUCAACUUAGUCAUCUGGACCACCCAGAAAAUUAGGCAAAUACAUAGUACUAGCACAUUAGGUCAGGAGGGGUAGAUAUGUAUAUGAACUGGCUUGCACAUCGCGCUUGCUUGCCACAUACUACCACUAUGUCGGUAUCAGCAAACUGGAGUGCAGAGGUUUCAAGACCCUGUAAGAGUGAAACAUUAUAACAUGGAGUCAUGGACAAUAAUUGAAUAUCUUGUCCCA